AUGAAGCUAACGUUAACUAUACUCAGUGUCUUCCUUCUUAUAAUUACAAUUGGUGCUCCACCUGUUGUCGAAAAUGUGAAUAAAAAUAAACCAAAUGCAGAAUUAAAAACUGAUGAAUCUGAUGAAGUGUUAAAUAAUCUUGAAUAUGGUCGAUAUUUAAAAGAAGUUGUUGAAAUUCUUGAAAAUGAUCCAGAAUUUAAAAAACAAAUUGAAAAUGCUUCUAUGGAUGAUAUUAAAUCAGGAAAUAUUGCUCAACAUCUUAAUCUUGUUCAACAUCAUGUACGUACAAAACUUGACGAAGCAAAACAACGUGAAAUGUCUCGAUUAAGAGAAUUAGUUGGACAAAAAAUACGUAAUUUAAGUGAAAAAGAACGAUUAGAUCUUGCUAGAGCUGAUCCAAAUGGAAAACAUUUGAAAGAUUUUCUUCCUUCACAUAUUGAUCAUAAAAAUUCGGAAUCAUUUAAUGAAGCCGAUCUUGAACGUUUAAUUCAACAUGCAUCAAAAGAUUUAGAUGAAAUUGAUCGUGAACGUGAAAAAGAAUUUAAAGAUUAUGAAAUGAGAAAAGAAUAUGAACGUCGUGCUAAACUUGCUCACAUGGAUGAAGAAGAACGUAAAAAAACUGAAGCAUUACAUCAAGAAGCAUUAGAAAAAAAGAAACAUCAUCCAAAAGUAAAUCAUCCAGGUAGUGUCGAUCAAAUGGAAGAAGUCUGGGAAGAUGUCGAUCAUCUAGAAGCUGAUCAAUUUAAUCCUAAAGCAUUUUUUAAAUUACAUGAUACGAACAGUGAUGGAUUUUUAGAUAUAGCUGAAAUUGAAGCAAUUAUGCUUAAAGAAGCAGAGAAAAUUCAUGAAAAUGCACCAGAAGCUGAUCCAAUUGAAAAACAAGAAGAAAUGGAUCGAAUGCGUGAACAUGUUAUGAAAGAAUUUGAUAAAAAUCAUGAUUAUAUGCUUUCAUUUCAAGAAUUUGAAUUAGGAAUCAAUGGAACAAAUGCUAAAAAUGAUCAAGGAUGGCAGUCCAUUGAAGAUAGUACGGUUUUCUCCGAUCAAGAAUUUAAUAGUUUCUCUGAUCAAUUGGGUCAUCUAUCUACACCAAAUCCACCUCAUAAAAAUAAUCCAGCAUCUGAAAAUCAAGUACCUUCACCACAAGAUUCAGCACAUAUUCCACAAGCACCACCAGCAUCUAAUAGUCACUAA